AUGUCCACCGGUGGCCUUGGAGGCCUGAAUAAGUCCCCGAACGGCGUCGUCUUCGGGGUAGUACAGCUCCAGCUUCCCAACGUCGUCACUCCCACCGACCUCGCCGUGCAAACCCAAUGUAUCGUCGACUUGGUGGCCAAGGCGCGACGAAAUUUGCCGACGAUGGACCUCGUGGUGUUCCCCGAGUACUCCCUCCACGGUCUGUCAAUGGACACGAACCCGGCAAUCAUGUGUUCGCUGGACGGACCCGAGAUCGCGGCGUUUCGUAAAGCGUGCGUCGACAACAGCAUCUGGGGAUGUUUCUCCAUCAUGGAGCUCAACCCAGGGGGCAUGCCGUACAACACCGGCGUUGUCAUCGAUGCUGAGGGCGCCAUCAAGCUCUACUAUCGCAAGCUCCACCCCUGGGUCCCGGUUGAGCCGUGGGAGCCCGGUAACGUGGGGAUACCCACGUGCGUCGGACCGAAAGGGUGCAUCCUCGCCCUCAUCAUCUGCCACGACGGCAUGUUUCCCGAGUGUGCGAGAGAAUGCGCGUACAAAGGCGCGGAGAUCAUGAUACGAACCGCGGGUUACACGGCGCCAAUCAGAGAGCCGUGGAGGUACACCAACCGUUCCAACGCUUUUUGCAACCUGAUGGCGACAGUCAACGUGUGCAUGUGCGGCUCUGACGGCACGUUCGACAGCAUGGGCGAGGGGAUGAUAGUCAACUACGACGGCGAGGUUUUAGCGCACGGCACAACGGGUCGACCGAACGAGAUUAUCACGGCGGAGAUACGUCCGGAUCUCGUCAGAGAGGCUCGGGCGACGUGGGGGGUUGAGAAUAACCCGUAUCAACUGGGACACAGAGGUUACGUCGCUGUCUCGGGGGGAGCGAGAGACUGUCCGUACACGUUCAUGACAGACAUGGUCGCCGGAAAAUACGAGGUGCCGUGGGCGGAGACGGUGGUGGAGAAGGACGGGAAGUCGUGCGGGUUCGCCGCGCCGACGAGGACGUACAAGGGCGAGGAGACCCCGCCGGAUAUUCCCAAGUGA